AUGUUCAAAUUCGCCGUCGUAAUCUUUGCCCUCAUUGCCUGUGCUGCUGCCAAACCCGGUUUGAUUGGUGCUCCUUUGGCUUAUACUGCUCCCGCCGGAGUUGUUACUGCCACCAGUAGCCAAUUUGUUGCCCGCAACCACAAUGGUAUUGCCACCACCCCUAUUGUAGCUCCAGUAGCUGCCCCUGUUGCCGCCUAUACCGCCCCAGUUGCUGCUGCUUAUACCGCUCCCGUUGUAGCCAAAUAUGCUGCUGCUUACUCUACACCUUUGGCUUAUUCUUCUCCCUUGGCUUACUCAACCCCUGUUGUUGCCAAAUAUGCUGCUGCUUACUCUCAUCCUUUGGCCUACUCUUCACCUUUGACUUAUGCUGCUGCCCCAGCUCCAGUUUUGUUUUAAAAACUGUGAUUACUGUGAUUUGAU